AGACGUUAACUGUGAUGAUUCCAUUGAUAAAUGGAUGGCACUCGAAGGAAUCGCCGUUCUUCUCGGUGGAGAACGGCGGCACGAUCGGCGGCUUUCUCGGUCUGCUGCUGAUAGAGCUCAGCAGAGCGAUGAACUUCACGAUGGAGAUCCUGGACCCGGUGGAUGCGUAUGGCAGCUGGAAUCAGCAGAGGAAUAUGUGGACUGGUGUGAUCGGUCAGCUGGUGGUCGGCAAGGCCGACAUCGGCGUCUCCGAGUUCACGCUGAUGCCGGGAAGGAUGGACGUUGUCGACUUCACGUUACCGUUGAUACAUUCGCGAAGUCGCCUCUACUUCAAGCAGCCAGACAGCACGGACGUGCACUGGUCUGGAUAUUUCCAGGCAUUUAGCUCUGGAAUUUGGAUUAUGAUAGUGACGAUAAUAAUAACUGCCUCGAUUCUGUUAACUGUUAUGAAAGCGAAGAAAUGCUUCUCGGCGAGUUUGCUAUUCGAGAAUUAUAUGCGUGUUUGGGGUAUUUUUUGUCAGCAGAGUUUGUCAGGUAAUGCGUUUAGCCUUGGCAUUAUAUGAUAAUAAAGAGUAUAAGUGCUGUAAACAACUUUCCAAAUUAUUUAAAACUACAUAUAAACGAUGUCAUUCUAUAUAUAAUGUUAUCCGUAUUUCUUUUGUGG